AUUAACGCUAACAUGACAAUACAAAAUAAUGUGUCCACUUUAACAGGGCACCAGUGCAGCCUCCUCGACUAAGUAGCGUAUUGAUUUCAACAUCGGACUGGAAAUCCAAUCUUCUUCCCAAUACCGGGGAACACACACACACACACACACACACACACAUAAGCAUCUUUUCCAGUGUAGAAAAUAGUAUUUGGCUCACCCAAGCCCCCCUCCUCCCACCCACUCUCUCUUCUCUCUCUUAUUCUCCUGUUCAUGCCAUAUCAUGUGCAGAGAAGCACAGAGAACACAACCCGUGCAUUUCACACGGACAUCCAGAGAAGAAGAGAGACUAGUACAGAGACGCUACAGUAAACUGACAUUACAGCAGCCACGCUUCUCUCUGACCGCAUUUACAGUCCAGAUUCACAAGAGAGAGAAACAAAAGUUGGCAGAGAGACCUUUGCCUGCCUCGCGACCUUUUUUCGUCUACUUUUGAAAGUGGAAAGGCACCGAAGCCAUGCUACAGAGAAAGUAAGUUUCUUUUUUUUGUAUUUUUUUUUCCAGAUAAUAAACUCCCAAAUGUGCUGAAGUUAUGGCAGCGCUAAGGCGUAAAUUCGGAGAGGACUACCAGGUGGUGAACACGAACAGAGGCGCGACUUUCCCGAGCGCCCCGGUCAAGAAGAAGCGCCAGCGCUUCGUGGAGAAGAACGGACGCUGCAACGUCCAGCACGGGAACCUCGGCGGAGAGACCAGCCGCUAUUUAUCCGACCUGUUCACCACGCUGGUGGACUUGAAGUGGCGCUGGAACCUUCUCAUUUUCAUCCUCACCUACACCAUCGCCUGGCUGGUCAUGGCCUCGAUGUGGUGGAUCAUCGCGUAUAUAAGAGGGGACUUGAAUCACGGCCACGACGCUUCGUACACUCCGUGCGUCGCCAAUGUUUACAACUUCCCGUCGGCGUUCCUGUUUUUCAUUGAAACCGAGGCCACCAUUGGGUACGGUUACCGCUACAUAACCGAGAAGUGCCCCGAGGGCAUCAUCCUGUUUCUGUUCCAGUCUCUGCUGGGCUCCAUAGUAGACGCGUUUCUCAUCGGCUGUAUGUUCAUUAAGAUGUCCCAGCCCAAGAAGCGCGCGGAGACGCUCAUGUUCAGUCAGGACGCGGUGAUCUCACAGCGAGACGGAAAACUCUGCUUAAUGUUCCGCGUGGGCAAUCUGAGGAACAGCCAUAUGGUGUCCGCGCAAAUCAGGUGUAAACUCAUAAAGUCCCGUCAGACCCCGGAGGGAGAGUUCCUGCCGUUGGAUCAGUGUGAACUGGAUGUAGGCUUUGGAACAGGCGCUGACCAACUCUUCCUGGUCUCUCCCCUCACCAUCUGCCACGAGAUCAAUCCCAAGAGCCCUUUCUUCGACCUGUCCCAACGCUCGCUCAUGAACGAGCAGUUUGAGAUCGUCGUCAUCUUGGAGGGCAUUGUAGAGACAACGGGUAUGACAUGCCAAGCUCGCACAUCGUAUACAGAAGAUGAGGUGUUGUGGGGCCACCGCUUCCUGCCCGUCAUGUCUCUGGAAGAGGGCUUCUUUCGGGUGGACUACUCCCAGUUUCACAGCACUUUUGAGGUUCCCACGCCACCUUACAGCGUGAAAGAAUACGAGGAGAAAUCCUCGCUCCCCUCCCCACUGCUCACUCCGCACCGGGAGCGAAUGUUUUCCAUUGACUGCCUGGAAGCAGGGGAGGAAGGGGUGCAUCCCGGAAGCGCCUCUUGCAAGCUGCCCAGCAAACUCCAGAAAAUGAGCUCGUCUGGUAGAGAAGAUCUGCAGAGGAAGGUGCUACGCUUGAGCUCGCAGCAGUCCGAGAAAGCUUCGAGCACGGGGGACCUUCCUCUUAAGCUACAGCGCAUCGGCUCCAGCCCUGGGCAGGUUGACGGAGAGGCACGAUUCCACCUCAAAGCCCUCAAAGUGGGUUUCCAGCCCAUGGCCAUGUCCACGGGGGACCUCCACCAGAGAAGUCUGCCUCCCACCCCAGCGGCCAUCCCCACACACCCCCACGGUCCUCCACACACGCCGGGUGGCCGUCCAGAGGACAACCUGCCUCCCAAAUUAAGGAGGAUGAAUGCAGAUCGCUGACCUAGAAGUGCUUUUAAGACUUUCUCCUAAUCUGAGAGCGGUUUUCUGUGUUUAUGUACAAUGAGCAUGGGCAACUACGUCCAGAUUAGAGCUAAAUUAUUGUUUUGUUUGGAACUAAAUAAGGACUCUUGUAGAGUAAUGGCAACAUGUCAGGAAUUAGCUUUCUGACUGCACAAUGAAUGAAUAUUUGCAUUGGCUUGCACUGCAGAGAAAAUGUAAUAAUGUAUUUUCAAUUAGUAUUUUUGACUUCUUUUACUGUAGAGGGUCUAAAAUAUUUUAAAAACAAAAUAUUUAUUUUAAAACGUUAAAUGCCUAAAGAUCCUGGGAACAAGAUACAUUUGCUUAGAAGAAACACAUAAUAUACUUUUAAACAUUAAAGGUUUGGUGUCAGUAAUAUUUUUGUUUUGUAAUUUUUUAAAGAAAUUAAUACUUUUAUUCAGCACUGACUGUUCUGGUGAGCUUUUUUAAUCUAAAUCCUAAAAAAUAAGUAUUGUGGUAUAUCCACAGAAAUACUGAGCUGCACAACAGAACUGUUUUCAACAUUGAUAAUAACUGUUUCUUGAGCAGCAAAUCAGUAUGUUAGAAUGAUUUCUGAAGGAUCAUGUGACACUGAAGGCUGGAGUAAUGAUGCUGAAAAUUCAGCUUUAUCAUAACAGGAGUAAAAUAAUAUAUUAAAAUAGAAAACAGUUGUUUUAAAUUGUUAUAAUAUUUCACAGUGGUACCGUUUUUACUGUAUUUUUGUUCAAAUAAAUGCACCAUUGGUUGACAAACAAGAACAUAAAAUGUUACUGAUCCCAAACUUUUAAGGAAAAAUACACCUAAAUUAAAGACAUUUUCUUUGAAAACAAGCAUCUCCUGCAUUGUUGAUUCUCAGAGAAUGCUUGAUUGUUUCAAUGAUUAUUUUAGAUAUUUUUAGGUGUAAUUAGAACAGAAAUACUUAUUAAAAAUAUAAUGUUUUGCAGUGUGAGAACUAGGUGGAGGUACAUAACUAGUAGAAAGCACGAGAGGUAAUAUUUAAUUUUUUUUUUUUUAUUAUUACUUUUUGUUGUUUGCUUCUUUCUUUUCAUUUUUUCUUUCUUUCUUUCUAUGAGAAAGCACAACGUUCCAUUACUGUGAUUUGAAUUUUUUAGUUGUUUACUUGUGACUAUAUGGUCACCAAGUGUGUCUCAUUCACACUUAAUAAUAUCACAAAUAUACAGAAUUACAAUAUGUGCAUGCCUACUUCUCGUCUCUAGCUGUGUAUCAUACAACCUUCUGUUAUCCCUAGUUAAAAUGAAUAAAUUCUAUUCAGCUGCAACAUAGUGUGUGUUUAGUAGUCUCUCUGGUACAGAAUAAUCAGAGAUGUAUGAAUUCAGUUGAAUAUUUUAAGACAUAUACAUCUCUAGUACAUACAGCUUUAAAGUUUAGGAUUUAAUAGUCUUUUAUAAAAUGCUCUCUUGUGACGUUUUCUUUAAUGCACAAAAUGUCAUUACAUUGCCAUUAAAUAGAAUGCAUUAUGCUGAAUUAAUCAUGACAUGCUCAAGUCC